GUGCACCGUGUCGUGCUUGCAGUGGCAUAAGUAUCAGAAUCCAUUGAAUCAUCGCUCUCAUCAAAGAUUGUCCACCCAGCCAGAAGAAACACAUUUGCUAUAAUCGUCCAUUGGCAAUGUCUUCCAAAAACAUUGUUAUUUUUGGAGAGAGUGGCGUCGGGAAAAGCUCCAUCAUCAAUCUCCUCGCAGGCAGCCAGGUCGCUAGAACCUCUCCGGACACCAAACAUUGCACAUUGCGCUAUCAAGCGUAUGAUAUCCACAUCAGGGACAUGCCGUAUCGCAUCUAUGAUACUGCCGGGGUCGACGGCAAUCGCAUGGAUCCUAGUGGAUUUCUCGAUGCAGUCACCAAUGCUGACAAGUUGAUGAAGGAGCUGAGGGAUAACGGAGGAGUCCAUCUGCUGUUGUAUUGCAUCAAGGCAGGCAGAAUACCACCGACGUUUGUCACCAACUACAGGCUAUUCUAUGAAUUUUUCUUCGAGGAGAAGAUACCAGUCGUGCUUAUCGUUACUCACCUGGAGAGGGAGGAUCCCAUGGAUCAUUGGUACACGCGAAACAAGGAAUCGUUCGACCGCCAUGCAGUCAAGUGUAUUGACCAUGCUUGUAUCACUGCGGCAGGCAACCUGGACCCAAAAUACAAGCAGAAGUACGACGCAUCCAGAAGGGAAGUGAAGGACUUGAUCAAAAGGCAUGAGGAUACGGUGGUGGACUGGAAUGGAGGAGAUGGGUGGCUCGCCAGGUUCAUCGGAAAGUUGAAAGACCUCUUAACGGGACGUCCAAGUAAGUCAGACGUUCUUGGAGUCCUCACGAAGCGCUGCGGGAUGGAUGAUAACCUGGCGAAAGACGUGAUUCAAAAACUCAAUAGAUGACGGGAAUUUGACUACAUUUAUUCGUUACGAUAGCUGGACACAGGGGCUGUUUCAUCAUGACCAUGUAAUACGACUGGUAGGCGGGACUAAAAUAUUCGGUUCUGCUAUCUUCCUACAACGUGAGA